AUGCUGGUCAGAGUUGAAUCUGACCGCGUGGGUGAGGAAAUGGGUGGCGCAGCAGGUAUCGUGCACCGUGAAUGCUGGCUGUACGACAGAAGACCUUUGGACAACGACUUUUCUUCAGCGCUUUUGGAACGGACCAAAUUCUGCAUGGGAUGGUAUUAUUUCAAUAACGUGUUCCAAACUGUGGAUAUUGAGCUCAGUCAGGCCGGUUCCAGUAUUAGAUCGAUCACGGAGAUUAUUGACCAAGCCCCUGAUCACAAGUUCAAUUUUUUCAAAGAUGUCAUUGUUGGGAUCUUGACUGUCGUGAUUCAAUUCAUACCAGAAACUCGUCCCGCAGGCCAAAAAUUUGGCAAAGUCCUUAGCGCAGCCAACUCUGGCAAGAAUGUUGCUCAAGCAGUCCCAGGACUCGUAGCCAAUGAGUGGCCUGCAGGUGAUCCAUCUACGAUACCGGUGCAAAAUGCCGCCCUGAACGCCAAAGUCUUUACAGACGAUGACUCCGUAGCGGUGACAUAG